UUAAACCCUUUUCUUAGUCUUUUCCUAUUCCUAUACAAAUACAAACCCCAAUUAUUGAUCUUUAUAUACAUUGGGGAGCCUUAAUACGCCAAAGAAUCUCUAUAGUCUCAAUCCAUCCAUCCCAAUUUCUUUUCCCUCUUGUUCUAGAGACUUCUUCUGUGCUCCUUCCAAUGGCGUCCGAUCUGGAGAUUAGGGCUAAAGAAGCUUUCAUCGACGACCACUUUGAGCUCGCCGUUGACCUUUACACUCAAGCAAUCGCCAUGACUCCUAAGAACGCUGAGCUUUUCGCCGACCGUGCUCAGGCCAAUAUCAAACUCAACUACUUCACUGAAGCUGUUGUUGAUGCGAACAAGGCCAUUGAGUUAGAUCCUUCAAUGUCAAAAGCAUAUUUGCGUAAGGGGUUGGCCUGUAUGAAGCUUGAAGAGUACCAAACUGCAAAAGCAGCUUUGGAAACUGGUGCUAGUUUAGCACCGGCAGAGUCAAGGUUCACAAAGUUAAUCAAAGAAUGUGAUGAACGCAUUGCAGAGGAAGCUGGAGAACUACCUAAUCAGUCGGUGGAUAAAACCUCGGGAAAUGUCGUAACUCCCCCUGCAUCUGAGUCUUUGGACAAUGUUGCUGUUGCGCCUAAAGAUGCUCAACCAACUGUCAACCUGUCCUAUCAAGGAUCUGCUGCCAGACCAAAAUACAGGCAUGAAUUUUACCAGAAGCCAGAGGAGGUGGUGGUGACUAUAUUUGCCAAGGGAAUACCAGCCAAGAAUGUUGUUGUUGACUUUGGUGAACAAAUACUUAGUGUUAGCAUUGAUGUGCCGGGUGACGAAACUUAUUCUUUCCAGCCUAGGUUGUUUGGGAAGAUAACACCUGCAAAAUGCAGAUACGAAGUGAUGUCCACCAAAAUUGAGAUCCGCCUUGCAAAAGCUGAACCCUUACACUGGACAUCUCUCGAAUAUACGAGAGAGCCUGCUGUAGUGCAGAGGCCUAAUGUGUCAUCAGAUGCCCCCCGGCCCAGUUAUCCGUCCUCGAAAUUGAGACAUGUGGAUUGGGAUAAAUUAGAGGCUGAAGUGAAAAAGGAGGAAAAAGACGAAAAAUUGGAUGGAGAUGCAGCAUUGAACAAAUUUUUCCGAGACAUUUACAAAGAUGCCGAUGAGGACACCAGAAGAGCCAUGAUGAAAUCCUUUGUGGAAUCUAAUGGUACUGUUCUGUCUACAAACUGGAAAGAAGUCGGUGCAAAGAAGGUCGAAGGAAGCCCUCCAGAUGGCAUGGAGCUGAAGAAAUGGGAAAUCUAGAAGUCAAGCUCCUGUUAUCUUUUGUGACUUGUUUUUUGGUUGUCAUUUUUGGUAUUGAUUGUAGAAGAACUUGUCCAUAUUUUCUUUUUUAAGGUGGAAAUUUUGAUCUCUGCUGUGGAUUGAGAUUCCUGAACUCGCUUACAGAAUUUACCUUUUGUAAGGGUUUCGGAGUUAUGGACUGCUUUUCUUUUCCCUU